AUUACCUAAUAGAAUAGAUAGAAGAUGAGGAGUGAGAAGGUGCUGAAACUCAUUCAUGUUCAUCUCUCAAAUGUGUGUUGUUCACAGUCCCUUCACUCAUGUUCCCAACAAUCAUAAUUCACUCUUCAGAAUUUCAUCUCCAAUAACACUCCACCACCUCUCCAAGGAACCAAUCCCCAAAUUAACAUUCGCUUCUUCUUCUUCUUCUUCUAUUCUCCACAACGUCGUCGUAUCUAGCAAUGAACGAGAUUCGAAGGAAGACAGUGAAUUUUUUGAUGAAAAUGAACAACAUUUGAAGGAAGAGAAUGAAUUUGUUGAGGAAAAAGAGAGGACCAGAAGAACCAGAAUAGGACUUGCUAACAAAGGAAAAGUACCUUGGAACAAGGGAAGGAAACACACUGCAGAGACCCGUGAGUUAAUCAGGAUUAGAACAUUAGAGGCUAUGAGGGACCCCAAGGUGAAGAAGAAGAUGAAGGGGUUUACCCGUUCUCAUAGUGAAAAAACCAAGGCAAAGAUAAGUUAUUCGCAGAGUCGUGUAUGGCAUGAGAAGAGACGUGUAUGGCAUGAGCAGCUGAAGUCAAAACGGGAAAGGGAGCUAUUAUUCCUCUUAUGGAAACAAAACAUAGCAAAUGCAGCCAUGAAAGGAGGGAGUGAUCAGGAAGAGUUAGAUUGGGACAGCUAUGAUAAGAUAAAAGAACAAUUGGAGCUCCAGAAAAUUUUACGACCAGAGGCAAAGAAAAAAAGAAAAGCUGAUGGCAAAGAAACUCAUUCAGUCAUGGACGGAAAACAUAGCUAAAGCAGCCAAGGAAAGAGGGAGUGGAGAACAAGAACUAGACUGGGAUAGCUUCGGAAAGAUAAAAGAAGAAAUGUUUCUCAAUAAGCUUCGGCGUGCUUCAGAGAAGGCAAAAGCCAAAGAGAUUGCAAAAAUAAAAGCAAAAAUAAAAGCAAAGAAAGAAGCACAGAUAAGAGCAAAUAAAAGGGUAAUUCUUACUCAAAAGGAAAGAGAUCUCCGAGAGAGGACUAAAUCAAGAGAGAAUAAAAAGAGUCAACCAUACAAAAAUACAAAGCAAGACAAACAUGCCUUGGAAGCUACUCACAAAUUCAAACUUGGCUCUAAAUGAACUAAAGUAAGCAUUCAUUAUUUCCUCGUUUAUUUAUUGUUUUUUAUAUAAAUGUUACCUGGUGUAUCAAUUAAGAAGAACAGUAAUGUAACUAUGGGAGAAAAGGGAGAUUACUAUUAAUUAAAGUGGCACUAAUGUUGAUAU